GUGAUUUUUGUAAACAUUACUUCUUUUUGAGUUUUUAUCCGCUUUACUGUUUUGUUGGACUGGUAAGCUAUAUUUUUAUCCAAUUCAAUCUAAAUACAAAAUUAUUUUCGUUCGUAGUUAAUGCCUUUUUAAUUAAAGUCUUGCAGGCAAACAUUACAAUGGCCAAGUUAACUAGGGAACGUAAACGCAAGUCGGCUAUUAAUGAAGUAGUCACCCGUGUGUAUACCAUAAAUAUGCAUAAAAGAUUGCUAAAUAUUGGUUUUAAAAAGCGAGCUCCGCGUGCCAUUAAAGAGAUCAGGAAGUUUGCAACUCAACAAAUGGGCACACAAGAUGUUCGCAUUGAUACCAGGUUGAACAAGUUUGUCUGGUCUAAGGGAAUUAGGAGCGUACCGUUUCGUAUUCGUGUUCAAUUAGCUAGGAGACGAAAUGACGACGAAGAUUCACCUCACAAGUUGUACACGCUGGUUACCUGGGUAAAUGUACCGACAUUUAAAAAGUUAGGUACAGAAAAUGUUGACGGAACAGAAGAAUAAAUUUGUAAACACUUUGUCUUUGAUAAUAUAUAAGUAUGAAAUGAUAAAUUGUUAA